AUGAACCCUUAUCAAAAGGAUUGGUCUCAACACCUUGCAGAAGCACUAUGGGCUUAUAGAACUGCUUAUAAGACUCCAUUGGUAAUGUCCCCUUAUCGUCUCGUUUAUGGUAAAGGUUGUCAUUUACCGGUGGAGUUGGAGCAUAAAGGUAUGUGGGUGCUAAAAAGGCUAAAUUUUGAUUUAAAUGCUGCGGGCGAAAAACAAAUGCUGGAGCUCAAUGAGUUGGAGGAACUCCAAAAUAAUGCAUAUGAAAGUUUGCGCAUUUAUAAAGAAAAGAGAAAGAAAUGGCAUGAUCAGAAUAUUUUGCCAAGGGAAUUCAUUGUUGGAUAG